AUGUGUGUUCGGGCCGUCAGGCGGCCCAGCUGAGUGGGGACGCUCAGCACCCCCCGGGGCGGUACGACGGUACCGCCGGUCCCGCAGUCUCCGCCGCCUGCUGCUGCCCUCCUGUCUGUGGCUGUCCCCGCAGCGCACGUCGCCAUGGGCAAGAGCCGGACCAAGCGCUUCAAGCGACCUCAGUUCUCCCCCACCGGCGACUGUCAGGCCGAGGCGGCGGCGGCGAACGGAACUGCAGACGAGGAGGACGACGGGCCGGCGGCGGAGCUGCUGGAAAAACUCCAGCACCCGAGCGCCGAGGUCCGCGAGUGCGCGUGCGCGGGCCUGGCCCGGCUGGUGCAGCAGCGGCCCGCGCUCCCGGGCCUGGCGCGCCGGGAUGCGGUGCGUCGGCUCGGGCCGCUGCUGCUGGACCGCAGCCUGGCGGUCAGGGAGACGGCGGCCGGCGCGCUGAGAAAUCUGAGUGCCUGUGGAGGUUUUGAAGUUUGUGACGACAUGGUGACGAAGGAUAUCAUGACUCCGCUGGUUGCACUUCUGAAAGAGUGUAGUGCUGGACUGGAUUCAAAUGAGAUGUCGCCAGAGGAGAAAAAAGAUCAGAGCAGAAAUUCUGUUGAGAACAUAGCCAAUGAGGCGGUGAACGUGCUGUGGAAUAUAUGUGAAUGCAGUAGUAGAGCAGUAUCUAUAUUCAACAAAGAAGGGUGUUUGGAGAUUGUAUUAAAGUAUUUAAGUAGGUUUCCCACCAAUGUUGACCUGGCUAUCUCAGUAGCAUAUUGUUUGCAGACAGUGACCGAAGAUAAUCCCGAGCUAUUGCAGUCUUUCAAUGCCACGGCCUUGCACGUUCUGGAAUCUGUAAUGAUUGCCCCCGUCAGUUCCAUGGAGUACCUUCUGUUAAAGACGCUGGUGGCAGGCACAGUUUGGAACCUAAAGGAUAUCAUUCCAUCCAAGAGUCAGGCAGAAAUCAUAAAUGCCAUCCUAAAAAUCUUAUCCGAAGUUUUGGAAAUGGAUUCUGGUGAAACGGUUGUUCAGAUGAAGGAGGCUGAAAUCCAGAGGUUAAAAACAGCUGCGGAGACCGAGGAGCUACUAGAGAAUGCGAAUGGUGGUGAUUUCAUUGAAGACGAUGAAAUGGAAGAAAUUCCCCAUAAAAGAAAAGUCAGAAGGAAAACUUUCGUUUCAGAUUUACUUCCACCCACUGACAAGGAGCUGAGAGAGACCAUAGCAUUGCUGACAGCUCAGCAGACUGCCCUGGAAAUUAUUGUCAACAUGUGCUGCACUGAAGAUCCCUCUGAUGACGAAUGGGAAGAAGAGCUCUCUAGCAGUGACGAAAGUGAUGCCUUCAUGGAAAGUUCCUUCAGUGAGUGUGAUGGGCAGCUGCUGUCUCCACUCUGCCUCUCCCAUGAAGUUCACACCGCGCUCACCAACUACCUCAUCCCCAAGAAGGUUUUUGAGAAAACUGCCUUUCCCAACAGCGUUGCAGUCGACAUAUGUUCCAGGAGCCCCUCGUGGAAACCUUUGAUCAGAAAAAUGAACACUGUGCAGUGGAGAGCCCUUGUGUGUCUCCAGAGUCUCCUGUCGCUCCUGGACGUGGACCACCUGGGAGGACCCCCAGCCCUUCAGACGCUGGCACAGCAUCUGUCACAGCUGAUUUUUGCUCAGCCAGAUUUUGCCAAGCAUGCUGACUUCCUAGAAGCCGUAAGUAGUGCCUUGAGGGCACUUUUACAAACGAUGGCCUCCAAGAACAUUUCUCAGUGCAUGACUCCUGAGCAGCUGAUGACACUGUGCAGAGCAGGCGUGCACAGCAGUAACACGGGGGUUAGAGUGAACGUUGUGAGCAUCUUGGGAAUCACUGGCAGCGUCCUAGCCAAAGAAGAUGGUACACUCGAAACUCUAAAGACCAUUGGGUGCUUUCUGCUGGAGGUUGCCACCAAAGACCCUUCCCUUGUAGUGGCGGGAGAAGCCUUGGAUGCUCUCUUUGAUGUUUUUGCAGACGGUCAAGAAGCUGAAAGAGCCGCAGUUCAAAUCAAAUUAUUAUCUGCUCUGAAAGAAUUCCAGCCAAUCUUCAAAACAAAGAUCCGAAAAGAAGGACGCAGCAAGUACAGUCCCGAGCAGCUGUGUGUUCUGGACAACGUGAAGAUGAAUCUGAGGAGGUUUGUUGCUUACCAGGAAACUGUUGAGAAAAGACUGACCUCUUGAACAGUCGAGAGAGACCAGUUCUUCCUGAAAACGCUGGGUGCCAAGAAUACUGAAGGGUUUCCAUCUAGUGCCACGUUUCUGAAAGCCAUUUUUCGUGCCUAUAUUCUGCACAUUAAUUUUGAAGUUCAUAAAAACUUCAGAACCUGUGAACAACACUUGUGUACUCCUUAGGGUCUGUGUGCUGUUUCUAGUGCUGUCCCAGCUCUGGCUCCAGCGUCCCACUCCUGGGGACAAAGAACUCAUGUGCAGUGUGGAGGACUCAUGGUUCUUAGCUAACUCGUGGUCCAUGAAGAAACUCGAGCAAUCAUGUUUUCCUUGAAUUUUGCACGGAAAAGAAAAUCCAGAUCAUGACUUGAACCAGUAUCAUUUUAUGUUAGCUGGAUCUUUGAAUUACAAAGAGAAACUUUAUAAAGUAAUUUCUUGGGUAUGGAGUACUGUAUACCAAUUACAUUUAUUUGUGGAGAAGUGAAUGAGUUGGAUUUCUAUAUCACUACUUAGUAGAUUAUACUAAUGAGCUGAAGAGGUAAUCGCCAUCUGUACCGUGGAUCUGAGCAGUUACUGCCUCAUAACAUCACUCCUUGAUUUAACUUGGUAUGGAAUCAGACCUGGAAGUAUUUUUAAAUAAAUAACUUUUUAACUUUAAA